AUCGAAACGCGAUAAAAAUCGGGGCGCCUAUCGCGGGGCGACCUACACUCUUACUUUUUGGGUUUCGCGUCAUUUCGAAAAAGGCCCGAAGCGGCGGCGCGAAAUUUCUCAACAUUCCUUUAUCGCACGACCUUUGCCCAAUCAGGUUCGGAAAAAUAUUUAUUUACUGACGCAUGAUCGCCGCGUAACGAAAUUUCCAUAAAUUCUUUCGGUUGAAUUUACCCAUUAGUGCUUUCCAGUUUUCGGUUGCAAUGCGCAAGAUGAGUCGCGUAGGUACGUAGCCGUUGACAUUGAUUUAAACAGGUUUUGAGUAGUAGCCAUUCGGUUAAUUAGGGAUAUCGGUGAUAAUUGCACGAUGGUGCUGAUGUUAAUUUUAAAUCUGUGCGUGAUUUUAUGCGGACUGAUAGCAGCUCAACAGCGGAAUCCCUGUCCGAACGUCUUCCGCUACGAAAGCAGCGGGCAGAAUGAAGUCCACGGGAUUAUGACGUUCAAAAACGACCUAUCAGGUCGAUAUAGGGUGGAACUGAAGAUGGCGCUACCAAUACGGACCAAUCAGAAAAUCGGGAUUAAGAGGUACUCGCCGGUGGAGGACGUGCAAAGUGGCAGAGAUGUAAUGUUUUACGUUUCAUUUCCGACCAUCAAUCCGCUUCCCGAGGUGGACGAGAUCAUAUUCAACGGACAAGUCUACUGUUCCAUGCCACAUAGCCUAGGUCCCCAAUUUCAGACCUUAACGUUUUUGACCGCCUUUAAUGAGUUCGCCAUUACUGUAAACGGCCGCCCUCAGCAACCGGAACACUUCUUCAACGUAAUUACGCCGAGCACAACGACUCGCAGAUCGCACGUGUUCGGUCCCGAACUCUUUGAGUCGAUGUACGGCGAAUCCAAUACCAGAAAACCACCGGCGACCUUAUACACCCCAACCACCACCAAAGCGCCGGUAACCAGAAGUCCCGAGCCGCUUGAUAAUCGUGGCGAAUUGUCGUGCGGCAUCUCUCAAGACACUCAGCCGCUAGUGGUGCAGGGUGCAGCAACCUCAGAAGAUCAGCACCCGUGGCUGGUCGCCAUGUUCCACCUGGAGAAAAGUUCGAUGUACAAAUUUAGGUGCGCCGCCAAUCUGAUCACAAACAAUCACGUGAUCACAGGUGAGUACAGCCUCAUGUACCGGGUGACCCAAUAAGACUGAGAGAACCGUUCGUCG